AUGCCCUCUUUGACCCCAGUCAUGGUUAACGGGCUCAAUGGCAGCAAUGCCAACGGCAACGGCAACGGCCACGGCCCUGCCUCCGAUUCCGGCUCUGAAACAUCUGGUGACUCCAGCAAUGGCAGUGCCCGUCGUCGCAUGAAGUUGAAUCGCAAAAUGUCAAGCCCCAUGGCACCUCCUUUCAUGGUAUCAGCACCAGGAAAGGUCAUUGUUUUUGGAGAACACUCUGUUGUCCAUGGAAAGGCAGCCAUUGCCGCAGCCAUCUCACUGCGGUCCUACCUUCACGUCACCACCCUCUCCAAGUCGAAACGUACCGUCUCGCUCCGAUUCACCGAUAUCGAUCUCGUUCAUACCUGGAAUAUUGACGACCUGCCAUGGGAGGCAUUCCAACAACCCUCCAAGAAGAAGUCGUACUAUUCUCUCGUAACAGAACUCGACCCUGAUCUUGUUGCGGCCAUCCAACCACACAUCGAAGUUGUCUCACCUAACCACCCAGAGGAGAUUCGAAGAGUUCAUCAUAGCUCUGUGUCAGCUUUCCUCUACCUCUUCCUAUCGCUAGGAUCGCCAUCCUUCCCUCCAUGCCUAUACACUCUCCGAUCAACAAUACCAAUUGGCGCUGGUUUGGGCAGCAGCGCGUCAGUUUCAGUAUGCCUUUCAGCGGCUCUUCUUCUUCAACUACGGACACUAUCUGGACCUCAUCCAGAUCAACCUUCGGAGGAAGCACGACUUCAAGUCGAACGAAUUAACAGAUGGGCAUUUGUGUCAGAAAUGUGUAUCCAUGGAAACCCUUCUGGCGUGGAUAAUACGGUUGCGACACAAGGUAAGGCCGUGGUGUUCCAACGGACAGAUUACUCCAAACCACCGACGGUUCGACCAUUGUGGGAUUUCCCUGAACUGCCUCUGUUGUUGGUGGACACUCGACAAUCCAAGUCUACCGCACACGAGGUUGCCAAGGUCUCAAAGCUCAAACAAACCCACCCUAAGCUUGUUGGCACAAUUUUGGAUGCCAUGGACAAGGUCACGGAUGCCGCUUCUGAGCUCAUUCACAACGCCGCUUUUGACAGCGAUUCGGAGACGGACCUCGGCAAGCUGGGCGAGUUGAUGACCAUCAACCAUGGUCUAUUAGUAUCACUAGGUGUUUCUCAUCCACGUUUGGAACGAGUGCGAGAACUGGUCGAUCAUGAGGGUAUUGGAUGGACAAAGUUAACUGGCGCUGGCGGCGGUGGAUGUUCAAUCACUCUUUUACGACCAGGUGUACCCACAGACAAGCUACAGAAGCUCGAGGGACAACUAGAAUCUGAGAAUUAUGCCAAAUUCGAGACGACUCUUGGUGGUGACGGUAUCGGCGUCCUUUGGCCGGCUGUCUUGAAGAACGGCACAGAGGAAGAUGACGAGGGUGGCAUGGAGAUUGAUCUUGAGAAGUUCUUGGAAGCCGAGGGCACUGAGGGUGUUGAGAAGCUCGUCGGAGUACAUGGCGAUACCGGAGAAAGGGAGGGAUGGAAGUUCUGGCGAGUUGAAAGCCAAUAA